UUUCAGACGUUUGGUGAGAAGGCUGGAAUUGCGGAAAUCAGUAGGGAGAAGAAGGCGGUGCACCCGCACAGUAGCUUCGAAGAUUCCAGCUACGCUUACGAAACAUACACAAAUGUAAUUUGGUAAAUGUGUGGUCUUCAUAUGUGAUCGAGUCCACAUUGUAUCCAAGGAUUUUAGCGUUCGGGUGAUUUGAUCGGGUUGUAGUGCACUCCACUGGUGUCUUUAAAGAUUGACAUAGGCCUGAUGAAUAGACAAGAGGUGACUCCCGCUGGAAACGAGGAGCAGGAAGAUAUGGACAGGUCAAAUUCCGAUAGUUCAUUGGGAGAGGGUGCAUCUGCCUGUGGAAGAAGUACACCGGAUGGUGGGGAUGAGCUGGAAUUUUAUAUUCCAGAGAGGAGACCCUCCCUGGAUCUAGGGAAUCCGACACGAAUGGACACUAGUCACUGGCAUGAGGUGGAAAGGGCCCAUUCUCCAGUGCCUAGCUACACUUCAAUGGAGAGUGAUGGCAUCCAAAAACCAGACAAGGAAGACGAAGAAGCUGAAUCCUCCACAAAGGUCCAGCUGGAAAGAACUGAGUCUUACUCUAGCUCCUACUCUCUGGACAGCGAUGACUGUGAGAGGAGAACUAAGAAGGAUCGAAAGGCUGAACCCAAAGCAGCGUCCGAACUUCCUGAUAGACCAGAACUGAUCAAAGACCCAGAUGCCAAAAGACACCCUGCACUCACAGUGGACUUUACCUUUAAGGCCAUCAGAAAGACUCUGGAGAAGAUGGAGGAACAUCAGCUGCGGCACUUUAAGGACACUCUGUGGAGACGCUACCCAGAGUCCUUCAGUAGUCCUCCCCGGACCAUGGAUAUGGUGGACCUUGUGGACAGGCUGCUGGAGUGUUACGACCUGGAGGUGGCGCUGCAGCUCACAAAGGCUCUGCUCAAGGACAGGGGGCUCACCAAGCUGGUCACCUACAUCGAAGACCUCAUCUUGAAAAAUGAAGUCCGUUAUGAACUGAAACAAGCUCUGAAGACGAAGUAUAACAGUGCAUAUGAGGGUCUGGCCAACCAGGGAGAACAGAAGGUCUUUGACAGCAUUUACACAGAGCUCUACAUAACAGACGGUGGCAAUUAUGGGCCAAAUAUUGAGCAUGAGGUGAGGACCAUCGAGAGGCUCGACACCAAACGCAAGCCAGAAAAGCGGAUCACGUGGAAGGACAUCUUGAAACAGGAAGUGAUUGAAAAGGACUACAUCAGGUCCGUGGUCAGCAACGGGGUGGCGGGGAGCGGGAAGUCGAUGGCCGUCCAGAAGUUCAUCCUGGAAUGGGCCGAGGGGAGGUCACACGAACACGUCUACUUCCUGUUCCCUCUGCCCUUCAGAGAGCUCAACAAGUUCAAGGGCGCCAAGUUGGGUCUCCUGGAGAUAGUCCACACGAUGUUCCCCGAGACCGCCAGGCUGAAGAGCCUCGAAUGCGACGAGGGCAAGGUGAUGUUCAUCUGCGACGGCCUGGAAGAGUACUACAGGCGACUCGACUGCCACCGCAUCGGGAGCUUUCACGACAACGACGACAGCAGGGACUCCCACGUGGUGGUGGCCAACCUCAUCAAGGGCAACAUGAUCAGCAACAGCGUCCUCUGGGUCACCUCUCGGCCCCGGUGCUCCACCUACCUGCCCGCCGAGAGCGUCCACCAAUUGAUGGACGUUCGCGGCUUCACGGACGAACAGAAGGAACACUACUUCCGGACUCGGUUCCCCGAUCCGGCGCUGGCGGACAGGGUGAUGGCCCAUCUGACCUCCUGCAAGACGAUGUACAUCAUGUGUCAUCUCCCCACCUUCUGCUGGGUGGUGUGCAGCCAGUUCCAGCGCACCAUCAGGGAACAGGGCCCGCAGGCAGAGCUGCCCAAGGGACUCACCCAGAUGUACACGCAGCUGCUGCUGGUUCUGCUGCGUGUCCGGGACAACAAGGUGUCGUCCGAAAGCGAAGAGGCUUUCAACGCCACCGACUUCCUCCUGAAACUGGGGAAGUUGGCCUUGGCCAUGCUGGAGAAGGGCAAGACCACCAUCUCCAAGGAGCUGUGGAAGGAGAGUGGACUCAAGAAGAGCGACACGGUCACGAGCAGCGGCCUGUGCACGGAGUUCAUGAUCGAGCAGUUCAUCAUGUACCAGGAGAGGGUCCAGACCUUCAUCCACCCCACUUUUCAGGAGUACAUGGCUGCCUUCUACGCCUUCAUCUCCUUCAAGAACCUGGGGAAGAACGUCCUCGAGCCGGCCCUGCGGAACAAGUUGACGCGCAUGUUCAAGGAGCCCAACCUGAUCGAGCUGCACCGGUGCGCCGUGGAGCGGACUUUGCAGUGCCAGGAUGGAGUCAUGGACGUGUUCCUGCGCUUCCUCCUGGGCAUGGCCCUGGAGUCCAAUCAGGAGCUGCUGCAGGGCUUCUUGACCAGUAAACACAGGAGCUCCUCUGUCGUCAAGGAGACCUGCGCCCUACUCAGGAAGAAGAUCAAAGAGAAUCACUACCCUGAUAGGAAUGCCAACCUGCAACUGUGCCUGGAGGAGUUGGGUGCGGCCGCGGUUAGCCGGUCGAACUCUGUGAGCGAGCACAGAGUCGUUUGACAGAACGCUGACUUGCGCGACCUAUCUGGGUAUUGGAAGCGAAAGCUGUGGGUAAAAUCGGUAGGCUGGAAACGUCCAACCAAGAGGUGGGUGUUACUCCACACAUUAGCCACAAGGUGGCAGCAUGAUUCCUUAUUUCAACUUAAUAAAGUGAGCUUAUUCAGCCAUUCACUGGUUUUAGGAUGUGGAUAAUUACUUCACAUGUCUUUAUUGAAAGGGACACAGAAUGUUGGUAUUAAUAAGGAGAUUUACUUUUAAGAGUUUGUGUUAUUGCUAUGAAAAUCAGUGCCUCUUGUUCAUUACUGGAACCCUCUAAAAUAAAAAUGUAUUGAGGAACUGUUUCACCCAAAGAGCAGGGUUUCUUUGACAUUACAUUUUUUGUUUGGACUGGGUUUUAACUAAAUGUUAAAUAAAAAAAUGUCAACUGGAAGGUUACAUACGAUAACCCUUUUAUGAGAUUUUAUUGUUUAAAAAUAUACAUUUCUACAUUUGAUUCCACUGCAAAUAUCAAAAUAGCAGUACCAAUAUCAGACAUACCAUUGUUAAAUGGGGAUCAUUGUAUAUACUGAAAACAGGUUCAACCAUCUUUAUAACUAUUUUCUUUGAAUCCAUAACCUAUUUUAUGAUUUAACUUCACCAAGGGUACUCACAAUUUUGUAACUAAAUCACACAUUUGUAAUAUUUUGGGGGGGGGGUGAAUGAAAGGGGCAUGCAUUUUACAGUAAAGUCAUAAUAAAUAGCUAAAAAGUGAAUGCCCUGUAUCAGAAGUAACAACUGAAUCAAAAUGACCCAUGCUAUACAUCCAAGUGUUAAUCACAAUAAUUCUGUUUGAUACAAUUCACUUUUCAGAUACACUUGACAACAUUUUUCUUCUGUUUUCUAUAAUUUCUUUGCCUUGUUAAUCUUGUCCUCUGUGACGAUCUUUGCCUCUGAGAUGGACAGAAAGAAACGUUGUUAUCACCACGCGUGAACACAGUAUGUUCAUUUAGCAGAGGCUUUUUAACUACAGUGUCACACAGGGAUUCAGACCGCCAACCUGUUGAUCUGCAGUUAAAUACUGGUGCACCCACACCUCAUGAAGAGUUUGUUGUGGGGGUAUUUUCAGUAAAAGUACCAUGUCAUUGGUCACUUACUAGUUUGAAAUGCUUCUGGCUCCUCCCAGUAGGACUUAUUGCUACACAGGUGAUGCUGGAACUGAAGUCCUCCAGCAGCACUGUGGUGAACUUCAGACAGCUCUGAAGUACCUCACCUUCCCCUGACCUGAAACCAGAAGACUCCAAACUUAUACUUGCCCAUAGAGUAGAUAUGCACCAACAAUUUCCUAUCAUCAGGAGCUACCUUGUGUCUAUUAUGUGUCUUUAUUGCUUUAAUGUGAGAGAUAAUCAUGAUUUGGUCAGGGUGUAUUUUCUUAUUGAUUUGAUAAUUAAAUAAAGUCAUAAAAUAUCAAAUAUA